CUAUCCUGAACCCGAAGCAACCCAAAGAGACACCAAAAAGCUUCAGCUUUGACUAUUCCUACUGGUCCCACACCACGCCCGCAGACAUCAACUAUGCAUCUCAGAAGCAAGUGUACCAGGACAUUGGGGAGGAGAUGUUGCAACAUGCCUUUGAAGGCUAUAAUGUCUGCAUCUUUGCUUACGGGCAGACAGGUGCUGGAAAAUCCUACACCAUGAUGGGGAAGCAGGAGAAGGACCAGCAAGGCAUCAUCCCGCAGCUAUGUGAGGACCUCUUCUCGCGCAUCAACGACACGACAAAUGACAACAUGUCCUACUCUGUGGAGGUGAGCUACAUGGAAAUAUACUGUGAGCGUGUGAGGGACCUCCUGAACCCCAAGAACAAGGGGAACCUGCGGGUGAGGGAGCAUCCCCUUAUGGGCCCGUACGUUGAGGACCUUUCCAAGCUGGCCGUGACCUCCUACAAUGACAUCCAGGACCUCAUGGACUCUGGGAACAAGGCCCGCACGGUGGCUGCCACCAACAUGAACGAGACCAGCAGCCGCUCCCAUGCAGUGUUCAAUAUCAUCUUCACACAGAAGCGGCAUGACGCUGAGACAGACGUCACCACUGAGAAGGUCAGCAAAAUAAGCUUGGUGGACCUGGCAGGAAGCGAGCGAGCCGACUCCACUGGUGCGAAGGGCACAAGACUAAAGGAAGGAGCGAACAUCAACAAGUCCUUGACCACACUCGGGAAAGUCAUCUCUGCCCUGGCUGAAAUGGAUUCGGGGCCAAACAAGAACAAAAAGAAGAAGAAGACAGAUUUCAUCCCCUACCGGGACUCGGUGCUGACCUGGCUGCUGCGGGAGAACCUGGGGGGCAACUCCAGGACAGCCAUGGUCGCUGCUCUCAGUCCUGCUGACAUCAACUACGAUGAGACCCUCAGCACCCUCAGAUAUGCUGACCGUGCCAAGCAGAUCCGCUGCAAUGCUGUCAUCAAUGAGGACCCCAACAACAAGCUCAUCCGUGAACUGAAGGAUGAGGUGGCACGCCUGCGCGACCUUCUCUAUGCCCAGGGCCUCGGGGACAUCAUUGACACCCAUCCUGCUGCGGGAGGACCCAAAUUGACCAACGCCAUUGCUGGGAUCAGCCCCUCUUCCUCCCUCUCAGCCUUGUCCAGCCGUGCCGCCUCCGUUGCCAGCCUCCACGAGCGCAUCAUGUUUGCUCCAGGCAGCGAAGAGGCAAUUGAAAGGCUCAAGGAAACAGAGAAGAUCAUUGCAGAGCUGAAUGAGACAUGGGAGGAGAAGCUGCGGAGGACAGAAGCAAUCCGGAUGGAGAGGGAAGCGUUGCUGGCUGAAAUGGGGGUGGCCAUGAGGGAGGAUGGAGGUACCUUGGGUGUUUUCUCUCCUAAAAAGACACCCCACUUGGUCAACCUGAACGAGGACCCGCUCAUGUCCGAGUGUCUUCUCUACUACAUCAAGGACGGGAUAACAAGGGUUGGCCGGGAAGAUGCAGAGAAGAGGCAGGACAUCGUUCUCAGUGGGCACUUCAUUAAGGAAGAGCACUGCCUUUUCCGCAGCGACACCAAAACCGGCGGUGAAGUAAUAGUGACCCUGGAGCCCUGUGAAGGUGCCGACACCUACGUGAAUGGCAAAAAGGUGACGGAGCCCAGCAUCCUGCGCUCAGGAAACCGCAUCAUCAUGGGAAAGAGCCACGUCUUCCGCUUCAACCACCCCGAGCAGGCUCGGCAGGAGCGGGAGCGGACCCCGUGCGCCGAGACCCCUGCCGAGCCCGUGGACUGGGCUUUUGCCCAAAGAGAGCUGCUGGAGAAGCAGGGCAUCGACAUGAAGCAGGAGAUGGAGCAGCGGCUCCAGGAACUGGAGGACCAGUACCGGAGAGAGCGGGAGGAGGCAAAUUACCUUCUCGAGCAGCAGAGGCUGGACUAUGAGAGCAAAUUGGAGGCGUUGCAGAAGCAGAUGGACUCUAGGUAUUACCCUGAGGCAAAUGAGGAAGAGGAAGAACCUGAAGAUGAAGUGCAGUGGACAGAGCGGGAGUUCGAGCUGGCCCUCUGGGCCUUUAGGAAGUGGAAGUGGUACCAGUUCACCUCCCUCCGCGACCUGCUCUGGGGCAACGCCAUCUUCCUCAAGGAAGCCAAUGCCAUCAGCGUGGAGCUGAAGAAGAAGGUCCAGUUCCAGUUUGUGCUCCUCACGGACACACUGUACUCGCCUCUCCCUCCCGACCUGCUGCCUCCUGAUGCUGCCAAGGACCGGGAGAAGCGGCCGUUCCCCCGGACCAUCGUUGCUGUAGAGGUGCAAGACCAGAAGAACGGCGCAACGCAUUAUUGGACCCUGGAGAAGCUGAGGCAACGCCUGGACCUGAUGCGUGAAAUGUAUGACCGUGCAGCAGAAGUGCCUUCUAGUGUCAUUGAGGACUGCGACAACGUGGUCACCGGUGGAGAUCCUUUCUAUGACCGCUUCCCCUGGUUCAGGCUGGUCGGCAGUUCAGAUAUCUCUGGCUGCAACAGCUCUCCUCUUUUCAACACAUGCAUGAGCGAGCGCAUGGCUGAUCUCACCCCCUCCCCUACCUUCUCGAACCCCGACUCCGACAUCACCGAGCCUGCUGACGAGCAGCACCAGGGGCAGGAGGAGGAGGAGGAGGAGGAGGAGGCGGAGGACCUGGAGGAAGACAUCUUUCCGGAGUGCCCGCUGUGUGAUGGCCGGGAUCCGUUUUACGACCGCUCCCCCCUGUUCAGUUUAGUAGGAAG